AUGAGGCUCAAAAAAGCCUUGACGAACCUCGUGGAAAGCGGUCCUAUGAGCCCUUCUAUCCAGCUUUUGCAGGAUGAAGCAGAUGAUUUGACUCCUAUGGCACCUAUGGGCAUACAAAUCUGCCAUGCCAUUGAUGCACUUUUCCAGCUCUUGACUCAUGAACAUGAAGCUUCCAAACGAGUAGGUAGGGAAACUCUGGAAAGAUGUUGCCAGAAGGCCCAAAAGACCUCCGACGAGCUCCUGAAGAGUAGCAUUUUUGGUCUCAUGGCACCUGGUGAGAUUGAAGACUUUCUUCUCGCGGCAGAUCAUCGGAUGUGGAUGGAAAUCAGGCAAAACACGGAGGAGUUUCUCAAUAAGCUUUUGAACGAGCCUGGAAUCCGCGUGGAAGAUCGACCCAAGGUCGCAGAGAUGAUGAGGCCCGAUGCGAUCAAUUCCCACUUGCGGCAGAUGCGACCCGUCAUCAUGGAUCACACGGUCCGGGAACCUGCCACCACCACACCCUUCGGGCACACGGGCUACAUGAAAUGGCUGACCUUGAAGAUCAUUCAGAAGAUGAACAUCAAGGACAUAGCCAUCAGUGGCCAAUACUAUGGAUCAUCCUAUACGCCUGAAACUCAGAUCUUAGAGUGGCUCCACUACAAGGGCGAGUCCAUGGAUGGCAUGGUGGUGAUGUUCGCACCUGGAGAGCGUGAGGCUGGUAUCAAGGCCAUUCGAGACUACCAGAUUCCAAAUGCCUUCCUUGAUCUGACUCUGAAGGCCAGCGUGCGCUUCGAGCAGACGAACUUCGCCACGACCGUGCAAAACGUGUUGGACGCUGUGGAGGAGUUGGACCAGAUUUUCACCAACGAGAUGGGAUUGGCCCGUGAGCCAUGGAGGAAUGACGAAGAAGUCAACAGCAAGCCCGGAAGCGGUGAGAUCUCCCUGAAUUUGGUGGACCUCAUGGAAUUCUUGGAUCUCGAACCGGAUCUAGAUACGGACAAAGAGAUCAAUCCAGCCAAUCAAAAGAUUGUGGAAGAUGCAUUUGCCCAGUGGAAAGCCAAUGAUGCAUUCCAACGUCGAGUGGUUGCGAUCUUGACGGAGGAAGGGCGAGGUUGUGCCCUUCACAAGGACUACGGCAAGAUCGCGAAGUGGCUGCGGAACCAAUUCCCGGAGGAGGAGAAGUACCGGAUUUUGAUACACGCACAUGCCGGUCCUGGCAACACGCAGGAUGCAGCCAGUAUUGAGGCUGUCCUUCAUGGAGGAAACGGUGUUUGGGCUGGGAUCAUUCCGCAAGCAGCACAGGGUGGGCACAACUCCAGCUUGGUGUUCCUGGACAAUAUGCUACGACUGGGCAACGAGCACGUCCUUGAAGACUAUUGGCUCUACCAGGCAGCUCAAAGUGCUCGCUAUGUGUACUACUUGAGUUUCAACACCUACAAAGUUCCUGAUGAUUGCCCGAUCUGGGGCGCCAAGGUAGACUCUUUGACACACACGGCUUUUAGCACCGUGAAAGGGGAGGAGUGGCGCCGAAAGCGUAGCAACUACUACAACAUGUGGGGGCAGGAUGAAAAGGUCUGGCUGAAGCACGCAGUGAAAAAGUCCAAGCACCACAGGGAAGUGUCUUUGCUUCGCAUUGACGAGGAGAGUGGCGCCUAUCGUCUCUCACCACUUGUCUCUGAUGUGAAGACCUGGAAAAAACGUUUGGGAGAGGAUUUGAGCAUUCUCGUCGAGAAGGAGGAUAUCGUUGCGGACUACGUGACAGAGGUGCGAAUGUUGGCAUUCGCCAUGAUGAACGCUGGUCUUCGCGCGAACUUUGAUGCGCCAAACACUUUGUGCAAGUUGGUGGAGAUCGUGAAGAGGAACAAAGCUGCCAUUCAAAGGUGUCGACAGGUACAUGCAUAUCAAAAAGCUGAACAACAUCAAGGUGACCAUGAAUAG